GACGUAAACACGCACUUUUUUUAGUCACACACUCACACACAGCAGUGAUGGAGCCAGACCACCAGAACGAGUCUCUGAUUCAGCGCGUCCCCAGUGCAGAGACCAUCCUGGGUCGAGGUGAUGCAAGGAACAGCAAUACCAAGGCCCUGAAGAUCACCGGACUGACCGUCCUGGCCUGUCUUCUGCUGGCAGGACAGGCGCUGACUGCAUACAUGGUAUGGGGCCAGAAGCAGCACAUCAACGCUCUGACCAGCGGACAGGAGAAACUCAAGGCUGAGCUCACCAGGAAGAUGUCAGCUGGAGCUCCAAAGGCCAUGUCUCUGCCCAUGAACAGCAUGCCACUCCUGAAGGAUUACUCUGACCCCACUUCUGACCAGACCGCCGUCAAGAGCAAGAGCGUUCCCCUCACGAAACUGCGCCCCAUUUACUCCAACCAGAGAGAGGGAAGCGGACAAGUAGAUGGUUCUAGACUGAUGCCGAAGAUGAUGCAUCUGCCCAUGAGGAGUAUGCCACUGCUGGUGAACGCAGAUGAGGACGUGAAGAGCUCACCAGAGUCAGUUGUUGAACUGGAGACUAAGUGUAAGCUGGAGUCUGAGCGUGAGGUGAGGCCUGGGUUCUUCAAGCCUGCAUGCGAUGAGGAGGGCAACUAUAUGCCCAUGCAGUGCUGGCACAGCACCGGGUACUGCUGGUGUGUGACUAAAGACGGCACUGAGAUCGAGGGCACACGCAUCCGCGGCAGACCCCAGUGUGAAUCAGUGUGAAUGUAGAUCCACAUCAGGAUCAUCUUCACCAUCAACAAAAAAAAAAUAACAACUCAAAUCUGUCGACUAACUGUGUCUCCUGAGGAUCAAAUCUAUCCAUCUGGACGCUGUUUGAUGGGAAUAACCCAAUAACCUUUUUACUUUAGACCUCUUGUUAUGAUCUGUGUUCAGUAGAGAUAAGCACGCAUACUUUUCUAGCAGAUGUUAAAGCAUAUAGUCUAACCCUUAUUCUAAUAACAUCUAUAUAAUAUGUCUUCAGUGUGAUGUAAUUCCUUUAUUUUAAUUUUAAUUUUAUUUCAAGGCAUGUUGUUUGGGAUGGUAUGAAUAUGAGAGUGACUAUGAUUGUAUAUAUAUAUGAGGCCUGUAAUAAACACAUGCUGUCUCCAAA